UGACCCACGCUGGGCGCCAUUUCUUCGUAUAAACAACGACCGGGACGGUGUUUGUGUGUCUUUGAUAAUUUGUGUAAAAUAUUGUGAAAAUAGACUGUUAAAAUGUCGGAAGUCGAGGCCGUCAGUGCAAAUAACGCGCUACCUGAAGAAAACAGUCAAAGUGAUAAGGGAGUCAAAUCCAAAAAGGCGAAAUCGCCCCGAUUAUCAACAGUUGAUCGUGCUAAAGAAGAAAGCGAGGCUAUCACAAAGGGAAUAUCUAGUGAAGUUGAAGGUCGUCGUAUCACAAGGUCGGCAGCUAAGGGAGUGACGGCGACUCCGCCGCCCCCAGCCAAGAAAGAACGCAAAAGUCGUGGUCGUCCGAAAAAAGGCUCACAGAAUGCAACGGACGAAAGCGAUUCACACGAUGAAAGCAAGGAUGUGACUAUGACUGAAAACGAGAGUCAUGCUAAAAACGACGAGUCUAAAAAGGAGUCGCAGCCGGUAGAAAAUAACACACAUGAAGAGAAGGAAGAAAUGGCGAAUAAUAACGCUGAGACGACUAAAGAGGUGGAGGCGACUGAGAAUGGAGCGAAAGAAGACAGUGUGGAUGCUUCAACUUCCGGUGAAGAAAAGAAAGAGGAAAAGAGUGAAACUCCGGCAGAAGAUGCAGCAAGACCUGCUGAAGCAUCUGAACAGCCAGCUGAGUAAAUUGAGUUUAAAAGUUUGUUUUUCUUUUCUAUUGCGCUGUAGGUUUAUUGAACAAUUGAUAAUUUUACCUAUUAUAAUAAAUAAUAUAACACAUUACUUUGAAGUUAUGUUGUGAUUUAAUAUAAUUCUUCGGUAACUUUUUGUAAUUAAAGCGAGACGGUUAUGUUUGCAACCCAAAUGAUUACUGAUAGGUCGUUUUUUGUUUUGGUAUUGACUCUAACAGUGAUCGUUUGUGAUGAGCGUUAACUAACCUUCAGUUAGUUUUUUUUUAUAAAAAAAAAUAUAUAGCAUAGGAAAGUACAUAUUCACAUAUGUACCUGAAUCUCUUUGAUCCUUGAAUGUUUUUAACAUAGUUUCCCUUUUUAAACGAAAACGUUCGACAAAAUAUUCAUUUUAGUAUUUGUUAUAAAUCCCUUUAGUAAUCGCUGCUGUAUUAUUUUAAUUCCGUUUAAUUGUUCAAUAGCGUUUCAUAGAAAAAUGUUUUCAAUCAUACACGUAAUGAUUUAAUAAAACUGUAAUCCUGCGGGCACAGGACAAAGGAAUUUUUUCUAUGGUUUUGUUGUGUUGUGUCCUCAGAAAUGUCGGUUAUUAAAAAAUGUAAAUAUAAGUGUAAAAUGUAAAUAUUAAAAUAUUUACAUAAUUUAGAAUAUUAUUCUUUUUGCACUUGUAUACUUAGUUACACAAUUAUUUGACAGCUGCUAUGAGAUUGUAUUUUUUGUAAUCUAUCCUAACAACUUUUCGUUAUAAUUUCGACAACUAAAUCUAAAUUUUGUAAAGACAUUAUUAGAUUAGUUCUAACUUUAGUAUGUUUUAUAUAAAGAAUGAAAUAGAACAUGCAAUUAGUUAAAUGUCGAAUGUAAUAACAAUUUCAUAUUCAAUUUAUAAAAGUAGUUUCUGUGGGUAUGUAUGACUGAUGCUAUUUAAAUUAAUAAAUAGGUAUAAGAAAGAAA